CCUUCUAUCUUUUAUUUAUUUUUUUAAUUUUUGAUUUUCUUCCUUCCACAGCGCACGACUGAACCAAAAACGCCGUAGUGUUAACGUCUCCAAUCGCAUAACCGCGGCUGAGAAAACCAAAAACUACAACGGGCACGAAGUAAACGGCGAGGUUAGCCGAGGAAGAAAAAGGUGGUGUGGCCGAUUCAAGAAGGAUGGAUCUUCUAUGUGCCGCAUAUUCAAAUACUGAAGAAGAAGAAGAAGAACCCAAACGAAUGAAAUUAUCCCACCAUACUCCCACACCGAAACCCUAUAUCCCUUCUUCUACUACUGUUUCCAACCCCCAUUCACAAAUUCUCAUUCCAGGUAGCUACGUUUCCAAACGACAACGCGCUUCUAUGCCUUCCAUCACUUCUGCUACAUCUAUUCCUCACCUUUCAUCAUCUCCGUCUUUCACAUUAUCCGGCAGUAUCUCGGAGGUUGAUAUACACCAUAACAUUUUAGCAUUGUUGAGAAGUGAAGCAAAGGAUCAUAAAAACCUAAACUCGGUAUCUGAAAAGCUAUCUGCAUCUUUAUCUGGACAUACAAGAGCUGUCAAUGCUAUACAUUGGUCAUCAACGCACGCUCACCUCCUCGCAUCUGCUGGGAUGGACAAUUUGGUAUGCAUAUGGAACGUAUGGAGCAGAGAUAAGAAGAAAGCAUGUGCGCUAAACUUCCACAACGCUGCUGUGAAAGAUGUGAAAUGGUCUCAACAAGGGCACUUCUUACUUUCUUGUGGAUAUGAUUACACAUCAAGGUUGGUUGAUGUUGUAAAGGGGAUGGAAACUCAGGUUUUCAGAGAAGAUCAAAUGGUUGGAGUUAUAAAGUUCCACCCAGACAAUUCAAAUCUCUUCCUUUCUGGGGGAUCUAAAGGGCAUAUCAAACUAUGGGAUAUCAGAACUGACAAAGUUGUGCAUAACUAUAAUCGAAAUUUAGGUUCCAUUCUAGAUGUUGAGUUUGCAACGAACGGGAAACAAUUCAUUUCUUCUAGUGAUGUAUCUGGGAGCAAUAUCAGUGAGAAUUCUAUUAUCGUUUGGGAUGUGUCGAGACAGGUGCCGUUGUCUAAUCAGGUUUAUGUGGAAGCUUAUACUUGUCCUUGCGUUAGGUCCCACCCCUUUGAUCCAGUUUUUGUUGCUCAAUCAAACGGUAAUUAUGUCGCACUCUUUAGUUCAACCCCUCCAUACAGACUCAACAAAUAUAAGAGAUAUGAAAACCAUGGGGUUUCUGGGUUCCAUAUUAAGUGCAACUUCAGCUUGGAUGGAAAAAAGCUUGCAUCUGGCUCUUCAGAUGGAUCUAUUUACAUAUAUGAUUAUCACUCAUCCAAAGUAAUUAAGAAAAUAAAGGCCUUUGGUCAAGCAUGCAUGGACAUUGCCUUCCAUCCAGUUAUGCCUGAUGUUUUUGCUUCGUGCUCAUGGGAUGGAAGUAUUUCGGUAUUCGAGUAGAGUUUCUUAUCAUCAUCCCAAUUCCAUGGUAGCUUAAAGGAACAUGCAUUUGGUUAUUACAACAAGUAAAUGAUUUUCUUCUGUUAAUGUUUAUUCACUUGAGGUUUAUAAUUGUAGUGAAUAUUAGUGUUCUUUGUUUUGAAAACAGUUUAAAGUGUAUUCAUUAUCAGUGAGAUUCUAAGCAACUAUAAUGAUAUGACCCUUUCUUGUUUCUAAA